UCCCACAAUGCUUUGCGUUUUGAAGCUAACGGGUGCGUUAGUCCUGCGUCAAAAUCUGAUUCUCAUCAAAACACGGAUACAUUGAUAAAAUUACAAUGGAAACGGAACAACCAAAGAACGACAGUGCUUCAGACACACCGACCACAUCUCAGUCCAAGAAGCCAAAUCAGGCUCUUUACGUGCCAAAGAAACGACUCAACACACCGAAAGACAAACCCCACAUUGAAGGAGCGGUAAAACCAAGACCCAGGCCUCGCUACACGGACAAGGCUCGAAAGAAUGCCAAAAACAAGGACAGAACAGUAGGAGCAGGAGCAGGAGCUGGAGCUGGAGCUGAGCUGACGCCUGGAGGAGUGGAUGGAGACGAGAUGCAGAAUGGACAGGGUCCAGAGUUGAAGAACAAUGGACAGCUCGACUCGCCAGAUGUUACCGAUGCAUCCUGUCAUGACGAAAAAGCACAAGAGGACAGUUGGGACACCUUAUUUAAUGACGAUGGAGAUUGUCUCAUUCAACGGCAGCUUGAAGAGCUGUCUUUGAGUGAAGGUCGAAAGAAGUCAAUCCAGGAGGCCAGAUUUGAUUAUUACAACAUGGAGCAAUUUGAUGACGACAUGGACCAGUGUGAGGAAGACCUCUCUCACAUCAUUGAGAUCUACGAUAUUCCUCCUGAGUUUAAAACAGAGGAUCUUGUCAAGUUAUUUCAAGGAUACCAACAGAGAGACUUCGAUAUCAAGUGGAUUGACGAUGCACACGCUCUAGGUCUUUUUGCAAGCCCAACUGUAGCCCGUGAGGCAUUAAGAUCCAAGCAUCCACUGAUGAAGAUGCGACCCCUCUCCAAAUCAACUUCAGAGACAAAGGCCGCAGCUCGUAGCUGCUCUGAAUCUGCCCUGCCUGUGAAGGAGAGACCUCAAACCAGCGCAGCUCUGGCUCGCAGGCUUGUGAUCGGCGCCCUCGGUGUGAAGAGCAACGUGACAAAGGAGCAGCGGGAGGCAGAGAAGAGGAAGCUGCAGGAGGCCAAAGAACAAAAGCGUCUGGCAGCCAAACAGAGGGAAGAUGCUUGGGAGGGACGGUGAUUGGAGAGAAAACUCUUCCGCUUUGAUUCGCUAGACUCCUUUCAGGCCACACCCGGAGACAUAGAGUACCACCCUUAUCCAAGUGUGCAGUGUUACAUCUCUGAAGUUUGUAGACUAUUCAUGGGAUUUUUUUUCAUGCAGGGACAGAUACACCCUUGAGAUGACCUCAACAUUCGCUUGUACUAAACUCUUUUGGUAAUCUAUCUUUUUAAAAAAAUCAUUAAUUCGCUGAGCAUUCUAAGUAACAAUAUGUCUCAACCAUCCAUUUAAUGCUUUUCAGUCAAGAUUAAAUGUUAUGUCACAAUUUUGCAAUUCAGAUGUUGCACACAGGGACAUAGCAAUCUUUUGUCAAGCCAGACUAAUACAUUUUUAAAAUGUUGAUAUUGAACAUUUCUGAGCAUUUUAUUGUAUUUGCAAAGUAAGUUGUACUGUUACUUUUCAAAUGUAUGUCAGAUUUCAUGUGUGCAUACAUACAAGUGGUCCACAUCAGGGUAGAUGCUGGUGUUGUCCAGUAGUGUAGCUACUGAAUUGUGUCUCUUCUCUCUAGGCUUGGCUACCCUGUGGUUUAAAUGCUAUAUAGCAUAUUUUUAGCUGAGCCAUGGUACAACCCCAGUUCCAAUGAAGUUGGGACGUUGUGUUAAACAUAAAUAAAAACAGAAUACAAUGAUUUGCAAAUCAUGUUCAACCUAUAUUUAAUUGAAUACACUACAAAGGCAAGAUAUGUAAUGUUCAAACUGAUAAACUUGAUUGUUUUGAGCAAAUAAUCAUUAACUUAGAGUUUUAUGGCUGCAACACGUUCCAAAAAGGCUGGGACAGGGUCAUGUUUACCACUCUGUUAUAUCACCUUUUCUUUUCACAACAUUCAAUAAAUGUUUGGGAACUGAGGACACUAAUUGUUGAAGCUUUGUAGGUGGAAUUCUUUCCCAUUCUUACUUCCUGUACAGCUUCAGCUGUUCAACAGUCCGGCUUCUCUGUUGUCGUAUUUUACGCUUCAUAAUGCGCCACACAUUUUCAAUGGGAGACAGGUCUGGACUGCAGGCAGGCCAGUCUAGUACCCGCACUCUUUUACUACGAAGCCAUGCUAUUGUAGCACGUGCAGAAUGUGGUUUGGCAUUGUCUUUCUGAAAUAAGCAGGGGCGUCCAUGAAAAAGACGUCGAUUGGAUGGCAGCAUAAGUUUCUCCAAAACCUGUAUGUACCUUUCAGCAUUAAUGGUGCCUUCAGAGAUGUGUAAGUUACCCAUGCCAUUGGCACUAACACACCAUCACAGAUGCUGGCUUUUGAACUUCGUGUCCAUAACAGUCCGGAUGGUUCUUUUCCUCUUUGGCCCGGAGGACACGACAUCCACAAUUUCCAAAAACAAUUUGAAAUGUGGUCUCGUCGGACCACAGAACACUUUUCCACUUUUCAUCAGUCCAUCUUAGAUGAGCUCGGGCCCAGAGAAGCCGGCGGCGUUUCUGGGUGUUGUUGAUAAAUGGCUUUUGCUUUGCAUAGUAGAGUUUCAAGUUGCACUUACGGAUGUAGCGGCGAACUGUAUUUACUGACGUUGGUUUUCUGAAGUGUUCCUGAGCCCAUGUGGUGAUAUCCUUUACACAUUGAUGUCCGUUUUUGAUGCAGUGUUGCCUGAGGGAUCGAAGGUCACGGGCAUUCAAUGUUGGUUUUCGGCCUUGCCGCUUACAUGCAGUGAUUUCUUCAGAUUCUCCGAACCUUUUGAUGAUGAUAUGGAGCGUGGAUGAUGAAAUCCCUAAAUUCCUUCCAUAUGUACGUUGAGGAACUUUGUCCUUAAACUGUUUGACUAUUUUCUCACGCACUUGUGACUAUUUUCUCACGCACUUGUUCACAAAGAGGUGAACGUCGCCCCAUCUUUGCUUGUGAAUGACUGAGCAAUUCAGGGAAGCUUCUUUUAUACCCAAUCAUGGCACCGACCUGUUCCCAAUUACAGGAAGUCCUCGAUUUACGAACGAGUUCCGUUCCUACGCUGGCGACGUAACCCGGAUUGCCGCGUAAAUUGGAUUUCACCGUUAAAGUCUAAAUUUUUGUUGAAAUACUUCAUAUAAAGAAAGUAAAAUACAUUAAAAUAAAGAAAAUAAGAUGCUGCACUUACCAUUUACUGCUGAGAGGUGGAUGGAGAAGAAGGAGGGGAGGCUGUGAGAGCUAUUGCUGAGGAAGCAUGUGCAGGUUCUACUGUCCACUACGGUGCUGGGGACAAAAUGGCGGACGAAGCACGGGUGUUGUAAAGUCGAAACGUCAUAGGUCGAGUACGUCGUAACUCGAGGACUUCCUGUAGACUGUUUACCUGUGGGAUGUUCCAAACUGGUGUUUGAUGAGCAUUCCUCAACAUUCUCAGUCUUUUUUGCCACCUGUCCCAGCUUUUUGGAAUGUGUUGCAGCCAUAAAAUUCUAAGUUAAUGAUUAUUUGCUAAAAACAAUCAAGUUUAGAAGUUUGAACAUUAAAUAUCUUGUCUUUGUAGUGUAUUGAAUUAAAUAUAGGUUGAACAUGAUUUGCAAAUCUAUUGUCUUCUGGUUUUGUUUGUUUAACACAACGUCCCAACUUCAUUGGAAUUGGGGUUGUAGAAUGGACUGUACAUAAUCUCUUGUGUCUGGAACCUCACAUUGACUCUUGGGCGUCACUUGAAGUGAAUGUUUUCUGCAACAUGAUUCUAUGAACUGAGGACUCUGUAUCUGACAGACUUGUGUAAAUAUAUUGAGGGGAAUGAAAAGUGAGUUCUGUUGGUAUUUCAUGAAAUGUGAAUCACUGAUUUAGCAACCAUUGAGCAAGGUUGAGCUUGGGGUGGUGUUUGUUCAUUAAAAGUAAAGAAUCUGGAG